CCAGGGGCGCCCGGCAUGUGGGACCCGCAGGAGUUCGAGCGCCACUGGCAGGCCGAAUUCCCCGGGGCCGAGGCGCCUGUCAUGAAGCUGGACUCGGUGCUGGACAUGGAGCGGGAGCUGGAGCGCUGCAAACUCAACCUGAAGCGGCUGCAACAGGUGCUGGCAGAGGAGAAGUUCAAAGUCGUCCACCUGCAGGCGGCCCUGGCCGGGGAGCCGCGAGAGUCGGGCUGCGCGCGCCUGCGGGGCGGGGACGGCGGCCACCCCCGAGCCUCAGCCGAGCAGCCCGAGCAGCCCGAGCGGCCGCAGCCCCCGCGCGAGGAGGAGGGCGCCACGGUCAGCGGCGGGGAGCCCCCAGCGGCCGAGGUGGCGGCCGGAUCGGAGACGCCCCCUUGGGGGUCCCUGGACCUUCUCCCGCCCUGGCCCGUGACGCCGGGGGCCGGGGGCGCAGUGCGCAGCCUGACCGCUGCCAUCCACCAGCAGCUGGUGCAGCCGCGCCUCCUCUUCAGAGCCCGGGAGGUCUGCGCGCCCCCGGGCCCCCAGGGCACCGCGCCCGGGGCCCCCGGAGACCAGCCGCCCGCCGGGACCCGCGCGGGGCGGGGCUCCGACGACUGCGAGCCCGACGCCUCGGGCGCUGACGAUGGGGGCGACGGCAGUGACCAGGACUUCGAGAUGGUGGAUCUGAACGAGAAAUUCGUCCUCGGCCACUUGCUCGUGGGGCCCUGCCGGCUGGGGCCCCGCGAUGAGGCGGAAAAGCCCGCGCGGGCGUGCAGCCCCCAUCGCCUGCUGCACCUGAUCCCGCGGGGUCGGCGACAGCGGCGCCGGAGCCGCGACCUGGAGCCGCAGGAGGCGGAGGCCAAGGACGGGCGGGCCUCGCCCCGGGGGAUGGAGGAGCCUCCCCGGCGCGGGGCGCGCGAGCACCUCGGGGGGUGGCGCCGCAAGCGGUUCCUGCGCGUGCCGGAGCGGGACUCGCCUGGCCACAGCUCUCCGGAGAGGGGUAGCGACUGCAGCCGCAACAGCUCGGACCACGAAGACGGCUUCUCUACAGACUUCAGCUACGCGGCCGACGACUACGACGGCGAGGGCCAUGAGGAGCAGAAGGGGCCCCCGGAGGGCUCGGAGACCAUGCCCUACAUCGACGAGUCACCCACCAUGUCACCCCAGCUCAGCGCCCGGAACCAGGGCAGCGGGGAGAGCGUCUCCCCCACCCCGCCGGAGGGACUGGCACCUGGGGUGGAAGCCGGGAAGGGCUUGGAGAUGAGGAAACUGGUCCUCUCGGGAUUUCUGGCCAGCGAAGAGAUCUACAUCAACCAGCUGGAGGCCUUGUUGCUGCCCAUGAAGCCCCUGAAGGCCACGGCCACCACCUCCCAGCCCGUGCUCACCAUCCAGCAGAUCGAGACCAUCUUCUACAAGAUCCAGGACAUUUACGAGAUCCACAAGGAGUUCUAUGACAACCUCUGCCCCAAGGUGCAGCAGUGGGACAGCCAGGUCACCAUGGGCCACCUCUUCCAGAAGCUGGCCAGCCAGCUCGGCGUGUACAAAGCGUUUGUGGAUAACUACAAGGUCGCUCUGGAGACAGCCGAGAAGUGCAGUCAGUCCAACAACCAGUUCCAGAAGAUCUCAGAGGAGCUCAAAGUGAAAGGCCCCAAGGAUUCCAAGGACAGCCACACGUCGGUCACUAUGGAAGCUCUUCUCUACAAGCCCAUUGACCGGGUCACCAGGAGCACGCUGGUCCUGCAUGACCUGCUGAAGCACACACCCGUGGACCACCCCGACUACCCGCUGCUGCAGGACGCCCUCCGCAUCUCCCAGAACUUCCUGUCCAGCAUCAAUGAGGACAUCGACCCUCGCCGGACAGCGGUCACGACCCCCAAGGGGGAGACCCGGCAGCUGGUGAAGGACGGCUUCCUGGUGGAGGUGUCGGAGAGCUCCCGGAAGCUGCGCCACGUCUUCCUCUUCACAGACGUCCUGCUGUGUGCAAAGCUGAAGAAGGCGUCGGCGGGGAAGCACCAGCAGUACGACUGCAAAUGGUACAUCCCUCUGGCUGACCUGGUGUUCCCGUCCCCCGAGGAGUCCGAGGCCAGCCCCCAGGUGCACCCCUUCCCGGACCACGAGCUGGAGGACAUGAAGAUGAAGAUCUCUGCCCUCAAGAGUGAAAUCCAGAAAGAGAAAGCCAGCAAGGGGCAGAGCCGGGCCAUUGAGCGCCUGAAGAAGAAGAUGUUUGAGAACGAGUUCCUGCUGCUGCUCAACUCCCCCACCAUCCCCUUCCGGAUCCACAACCGGAACGGAAAGAGCUACCUGUUCCUGCUGUCAUCAGACUACGAGCGCUCCGAGUGGCGAGAGGCGAUUCAGAAGCUUCAGAAGAAGGAUCUCCAGGCGUUUGUCCUGAGCUCGGUGGAGCUCCAGGUGCUCACGGGAUCCUGCUUCAAACUCCGGACUGUGCACAACAUCCCCGUCACCAGCAAUAAGGACGAUGAUGAGUCGCCAGGACUCUAUGGCUUCCUCCACGUCAUCGUCCACUCAGCCAAGGGGUUUAAGCAGUCAGCCAACCUCUACUGCACGCUGGAGGUGGACUCUUUCGGCUACUUCGUCAGCAAGGCCAAGACCAGGGUGUUCCGGGACACGAUGGAGCCCAAGUGGGAUGAGGAGUUCGAGAUCGAGCUGGAGGGCUCCCAGUCCCUGCGGAUCCUGUGCUACGAGAAGUGCUACGACAAGACCAAGGUCAACAAGGACAACAACGAGAUCGUAGACAAGAUCAUGGGCAAAGGGCAGAUCCAGUUGGAUCCACAAACCGUCGAGACCAAGAACUGGCACACGGAUGUGAUUGAGAUGAAUGGGAUCAAAGUGGAAUUCUCCAUGAAAUUCACCAGCCGAGACAUGAGCCUGAAGAGGACCCCCUCCAAAAAGCAGACGGGCGUCUUCGGUGUGAAGAUCAGCGUGGUGACCAAGCGGGAGCGCUCCAAGGUCCCGUACAUCGUGCGGCAGUGUGUGGAGGAGGUGGAGAAGCGGGGCAUCGAGGAGGUGGGCAUCUACCGGAUCUCGGGCGUGGCCACGGACAUCCAGGCGCUGAAAGCCGUCUUUGACGCCAAUAACAAGGACAUCCUGCUGAUGCUGAGUGACAUGGACAUCAACGCCAUCGCCGGCACCCUCAAGCUCUACUUCCGAGAGCUGCCGGAGCCCCUCCUCACUGACCGGCUCUACCCCGCCUUUAUGGAGGGCAUCGCCCUGUCGGACCCCGCUGCCAAGGAGAACUGCAUGAGGCACCUGCUGCGUUCUCUGCCCGACCCCAACCUCAUCACCUUCCUCUUCCUGCUAGAGCACUUGAAAAGGGUCGCCGAGAAGGAGCCCAUCAACAAAAUGUCCCUGCACAACCUGGCCACGGUGUUCGGGCCCACGUUACUGAGACCCUCCGAGGUGGAGAGCAAGACGCACCUCACGUCCGCCGCUGACAUCUGGUCCCAGGACGUCAUGGCACAGGUCCAGGUCCUCCUCUACUACCUGCAGCACCCCCCCAUCUCCUUCGCGGAACUGAAGCGGAACACACUGUACUUCUCCACCGACGUGUAGCCCGGGGGGCUGCGGCCGCCCCAGCCAGGGACCCGCACAGGCUCGGUCACGACGCUCCAUCACUCCCCAGCCCAGCACUGCAGACUCCGAGGACGCAGACUUCCAAGAACUGGAACUCGUGCAUCUUUUGUGCCACUUGUACAGAGCAGCCGCCCCAGCCCCGCCGCCCAGCCGCGCCCCGGCUCCCACCUCUGUCCCUCCCGUCGUCUCCCGCUGCUCCAUGCUCUUGGGAUCAUUGUCUCCUGUCUCUUUCUCAUCCAGAAAAGGGAGUGACCAACCCGCCAUGGGCACGCAGGUGGCCCGCUUGGCUCUUCUCUUCCUCCCCCACUUUCUUUCCUCCCGAGUCUAGUCCAGCGCCUUGACUUGGCGCCGUCACGGUGGCCAGCUCCAGUCAUGGCCUCGCUCCCAGGUUGCCGUGUCCUGGCGGCCCCGCAGCCCCCCCGCGCUGCCCCUGCAUGCAGCCUUGGUCUGUGCUCAGCGCCCGGAGGGGGGCGGUGCUGCCCCCAGCCCUCCGCUCACCCCACCAUGGGCGCACACCCACUUUGCCUUGCUGCUGUGCACAGGAGACUCGCAUUCGCCCUCCCUCCGCCCGGCACAAAGCAAGGGCCCCCGGCGGGGGUUCCCAUCGGACAAUCUCCCUUCCUGGGGUGUAUCUGCAGUCUCCUGCCGACCAGCGAGGCAUCUUUGGACUGUUUCUCCUACUGCUUUGUGGUUCCUUUUCCCCCUGGUGUUCUGCUUCCUCACAAGUGACCUACCAAGCUAACCGGAGGGUCGGGAAGAGUCAGGGAGAUGGGAGUUGGGUGCUCACGGGUGAAGGGCAUUCGAGGGGUGCCAUGGAGCACUGGGUGUCUGAAACGGGGACUUAGAAGGAGUGGGGCGGGCUUUACAGGGGCUCCUGCCAUUGGCAGGCUCUGUCCUCUCCUGGCGCCUCGUGGGCCUGGCGGCACCGUUGCCUUAGACCCUCCACACACCGUCCACAGCCCCCACUGCCACGAGUGCUCAGGGCCUGCGCAGCAGGGGCUGGUCACCACGGAGCUGCCUCUGCCCUGGCUUCCGGUGCCGGCCUUUGGGGGAUACCAGGAUUCCAGGAAGUGGGGGGAGCAGGGGGGGUCAUGGGCACCUCUCCUGGGACUGGGCUUUGCAGGCAGGCCCUCCCAGUGAACACUGCAGAGCGGGGGAGCGGGGGGCCCACUCCCAGCCUGGAAGCCUGUGGCUUGGCACUGGAAAGGCGGCUCAGUGGGCAGUGCCCAGUGCCCCCACAGCCUGUGAGGACAGACACUCCCCAGCCCGGACGCCCGCUUCCUGCCUCUCCUGUGGGACGGGCGGGCGGCGCUGCAGCCAACACUCGGAACUCGACUGGAGAAGGGAGCAGCCAGGACCUUUCGGGCUCCGACACCCGUUGCUUAACUUUGGUCCAGCCCGUACACAGGAGGAAAGUGCCUCGGGGCGCCCAGAGGUGGCACUGUGGGCAGUCAGGAGUGGGUGUGUGGCCAGAAGGUCCUGGCUUCCAAAGCCAUUGCUGGGAACGGACUGGGCCCAUCAGCACUGCAGCUCAGCCCGCGCCUCCCGCUUCUCCCACACCAGGGCUGCUGGGAACGGGAUGGCGGAAAGGGCCGGAAAUGCAAAAGGCUCCUCCUCAUUGGUCAGCCCCACUCCCGAGGUGCCCAGGCAGGGGAGGGGGCUCCCAGACCUGGACGGUGCUGUGUGGUGGAGAACUGCUCAUCGGUCCUCCUGGUAGAGGCUGUGCCACCCCCAGCACUGUCCAGCGGGACAUCUGUGCCACUGGGACGCCCGCCCCCUCCCCACUGUAUGCCCCUUGGCGUGGGCAGUGGCCGAGGGCAGUUGGGUUUCGCUGAUACAGGCAGGAUGAGACCCUUCGAUAAUAUUUGACUUUAAUAAGUUGGUAAGGAUAUAUUUUUUGUCUAUGUUCUGUUUCAACUUAUGUAGAUUAUUAUAAAUUGAUGUAAACCAAGUGAGAAGAAAAUGUUAAUAAAAAACAUGCAAAGCCCCAA